AGAUGGGUCGUGAGCGUGGUGGUCUCCGGUAAACUUUCAUAGUCGUACGAUUCGUACUCUUCUGCACCGUGCUCCAACUUGGCUGCAAGACAAAUAGAAUGGACAUUCCCACAGAAGAACACCAGCCUGAUUGGAAGUCAUUGCAGAGGCAGGUAGCCAUCCACACUGAGACUUUGCGGAAACUCAAGAUGGUCAAGAUGUAUAGAACAAAGAACAACCUUUCAGAUCUUGAAGUACUGAUUGAAAAAUGGCGUAGUGCCUGCCAGACUGCCCUAAUGGAGUUGCACCAAAGACUGCCUGAGCCAAGGCCUACAAUGGGAACGCUAAUCACUGAUUGGAAGAUUGACCCUGACCUUUUGAACUUUGACCCAGAUGGGGACUCGUUCACCUGAAAUAAACAUUGUUGAGUUUGCCUUCCCUUCAUGGUGUGUGAACUUAGACAUGUUGAAACAUUCAGGAAAGACGUGGAGGGAUGUAAAAUUGAAGACUAGUUUGUUCAUCAUGCAAACUUCAUCAUGCUUUUCAGCUUUGAAGCAGUUAAAAAUGCUAAAAGCAUGUAAGCUUAGUUACUGCUUAGUAACUGCUAAGUAAUUGCUUUUAAGCAGUUUUAAACUGCUUAGCAGUCAGCUUUCAAAACUGUUCACUUUGCUGUCAGCAUCACCUAAAUCCACUUCCGUGGUCAACGUUUGGACAACACAUAGGAUCUAUGGCUGAAGUCUUGGAAUUUGAUUGUCAGAUUUAUGAUGCUUCAUUCAUUAGAGCACAGAUUUCUUGACCGAUUCUUUAAUUAAAUAUUGUCCUAAUAGUUUUGUAGGACAAAGGAGCUGUGUUACUCAACAAAAUAUCAAUGUGUUUAAAAAGUCAAAUAAAGACCACGGUUAAUUUUGUUCCUUA